AUGGCCGACACGACCGCCGACACGCCCGUAUUGUUUGAGGACACCUCCGCGCCGGCGCCCCCCACCGAGACAGCGCUGGCGACGACCAACAGCGACGGCACCGUCCAAAAAGUACGCAAAACCAAAAUCAUCAAGCGCAAGAGGCGACCCGCGCGUCCUCAGCAAGACCCUUCCACCUUCAAAAACGAGCCACCGCCCCAGACUGGCACAAUCUUCAAUAUCUGGUACAAUAAGUGGUCGGGCGGAGAUCGCGAGGAUGCCGCCUCCUCCAAACACCAAGCCAAAGGCCGCUGUGACAUUGCACGAGACAGCGGAUACACGCGCGCCGACAAGGUUCCGGGCAGUUAUUUCUGUCUGUUCUUCGCUCGCGGACUAUGCCCGAAAGGAUCAGACUGCGAAUACCUACACCGGCUCCCCAACAGCAGAAUCGGCAAAGAGGGCGGCUUGGGCGAUAUCUUCCCUUCAAAUGUGGAUUGCUUUGGACGGGAUAAGUUUAGUGAUUACAGAGAUGACAUGGGUGGUGUGGGAUCUUUCAUGCGCGUGAACAGGACGCUGUAUAUUGGACGGAUACACGUGACGGAUGAUAUUGAGGAGGUGGUGGCGAGACAUUUCUCGGAAUGGGGACAGGUGGAGAGGACACGAGUGCUGCCGAGUCGCGGUGUUGCUUUUGUGACGUAUGUGCAUUUGGCGAACAGCGAGUUUGCGAAGGAGGCCAUGGCGCAUCAGAGUCUGGACAGUGAUGAGACACUGAAUGUCAGGUGGGCGACGGUGGAUCCCAACCCCGUUGCGCAGAAGCGAGAGGUGAGGAGGAUUGAGGAGCAGGCGGCCGAGGCGAUCCGUAGAGCGCUUCCUGCGAGCUAUGUUGCUGAGCUGGAGGGACGAAAGUACGAAGGUGCGGAUCCCGAGGAAGAAAGGAAGCGGAGGAAGAUUGAGGGCGGCUUUGGAUUGCAAGGAUACAAUGCCCCAGAUGAUGUCUGGUAUGCCGCGGAAAAGGCCCGCAUCGAGGGCGGAGGGGAACGUAAGAUGCUGGAAAAUGCUGGAGGAGGGGAUACCGAACCCACUACCGACACUGAAGAAGAGGCACUGCAAUUGAGUCACUUCAAGCAGGCGCAAGAACAGCAGAAUGGUGGCAUUCUAGGUGCAUCUACGCUCGCGGCAUUGAAAGGCUUUACGGCAGGUCCUUCUGCGGAUAGCAAAGCAGAUAAGCCGUCUGGUCCACUGGUGGGAUAUGGCAGCGACAGCGAUGACGAUUGA